ACACAAACCUCUCCAUCUCCAUCCCCCUCUCUUUUUUUCAUCCUCAUACCUCCUCAAGGCAUUUUCGUCUUUCCUUGGUCUUUCCUUUGAAGAUUCUGCGUGUUCUUCGACGGAAAGUGCAAGCACAAGUUGUUUACGCGUGCCCAAUUUAAUACAAGUCGGAGAAAAGAAAAAAACAAAAAAAUCAGGGAACUUCUGUUCUUCCCGUUUCUUUCUCUUCGUGUUUACUGUCUCUAUUUUUGCGGACAGGCUUCCAUAUUUCACUCUCAUUCAUUUUGCGAGGGUGAUUUUCUAAUCGACAAAGUUCGAUAAUUUCUUUCGCGCUUUGCGAACAAAAAGUUCACUACGACGAUUCAAGUCCCUCUUCACCGGAACCCAACUUCCAACAUGGCGGACCAACUGAACAUGGGCGGCCUCAACCUUGGUGCUGAAGGCGCUCAGUCGUCUCCCCAGGCACGAUCCUACAUCCCGCCUCACAUGCGCGGCCGUCAAAGCGCCAACCCUCCCAUGAACGACGGCGCCCCUCCUGCCGCUGGUUUGAACAACAGCACCUGGGCUGGUAACAACCAAGGCUACAGCGGCGGUCGACAGGGCGGCGGCAACUGGAACGGCGAUGGUCCCGGUUAUCAGAACAACCGUCGCGGCGGCGGUGGCUGGGGUGGUCGUGGAGGCUACUCUGGUGGCGGUGGUGGUGGUGGUGGUGGUAACUACGAUGGCCACGGCGGCGGUAACCACGCUGCUCGUGGCUCUGGAGACGGACAAUGGCGUGAAGGAAAGCACAUUCCCGGCCCGGCUAACCCUCGUGUCGAGCGUGAGCUCUUUGGCACUGCCGACGAUCCUUCCAAGCAGCACACCGGUAUCAACUUUGAGAAGUACGACGAUAUCCCUGUCGAAGCCUCGGGUCGCGACGUCCCCGAGCCCGUCCACCAGUUCACCACCCCUCCUCUUGACGAGCACCUGUGCCGCAACAUCGAGUUGGCCCGCUACAAGGUCCCUACUCCCGUUCAGAAAUACUCCAUCCCCAUCGUUAUGGGUGGCCGUGAUCUCAUGGCUUGUGCCCAGACUGGUUCUGGCAAGACUGGUGGUUUCCUUUUCCCCAUCCUGUCUCAGGCUUUCAUCCACGGUCCUUCUGCUGUCCCCGCCAACGCUGCUGGACAGUUUGGUCGUCAGCGCAAGGCUUACCCCACCUCUCUCAUCCUUGCCCCCACUCGAGAGCUUGUUUCUCAGAUCUACGACGAGGCUCGAAAGUUCUCUUACCGAUCUUGGGUCCGCCCUUGCGUGGUGUAUGGUGGUGCCGAUAUUGGUUCUCAGCUUCGCCAGAUUGAGCGUGGAUGUGAUCUUCUUGUUGCCACCCCAGGACGACUUGUGGAUCUCAUAGAGCGAGGCCGCAUCUCCCUGUGCAACAUUAAGUAUCUUGUGCUCGAUGAGGCCGAUCGCAUGCUGGACAUGGGUUUCGAGCCCCAGAUCCGCCGUAUUGUUGAGGGUGAGGACAUGCCUAACGUCGCUGAUCGCCAGACUCUCAUGUUCUCCGCCACCUUCCCUCGCGACAUCCAGAUGCUCGCAAGGGACUUCCUCAAGGACUACGUCUUCUUGUCCGUCGGUCGCGUUGGUUCUACCUCUGAGAACAUUACCCAGAAGGUCGAAUUCGUCGAGGACAUUGACAAGCGCUCUGUUCUCCUCGAUAUCCUCCACACACAUGCUGGUGGUCUGACUCUCAUCUUCGUCGAGACCAAGCGCAUGGCCGACUCUCUGUCCGACUUCCUCAUCAACCAGAGCUUCCCUGCCACUUCCAUCCACGGAGACAGGACUCAGCGUGAGCGUGAACGCGCUCUCGAGUUCUUCCGUAACGGACGCUGCCCCAUUCUGGUGGCUACUGCUGUUGCUGCUCGUGGUCUUGAUAUCCCCAAUGUCACCCACGUCAUCAACUAUGACCUUCCCACCGAUGUUGAUGAUUACGUCCACAGAAUUGGUCGUACCGGCCGUGCUGGAAACACUGGUAUUGCUACCGCCUUCUUCAACCGCGGCAACCGCGGCAUUGUCCGCGAACUCAUUGACCUUCUCAAGGAGGCCAACCAGGAGAUUCCUCCCUUCCUUGAGGCUAUCGCUCGUGAGUCCUCCUUCGGCGGCGGCGGUCGCGGUGGUCGCUCUCGCCCCGGCGGUGGUGGCCGUGGCAAUGCCAACCGUGAUUUCCGCAAGUUUGGCGGUGGCGGCUUUGGCGGCAGCGGCGGCGGCUUCAGCAACAACCCCCAGCAGGGUGGCUUCAGCAACUAUGGUGGAGGGUCUCAGGGAGGCUCCAACUAUAGCGGCGGCGGCGGCGGCGGCGGCUAUGGUGGUGGUUACGGCAACGGUGGCAGCUACGGCAACCCCGGCGGUGCUGGAGCUCAGUCCUCGUGGUGGUAAACACUCUCGCUGUCCGAUAGACAUAUCGUUGUGUCUAUCAUAGUGGCUCCGGUUUCAGCCACUGCAUUUUUUCUUUUCCUUCUCACUUUUCCCUUAUCGUCAUCUAUUUUAUUUUAUUUGCGACAAUUCUGCUUUGAUUAAAUCGGUUAUUUCACAUUUACGCAUCAUGUCAUUUGUUUUCGACGACACGGCGGCAUCAUGACCUGCGAAGGCGGAAGAGUGCCUUUUUUUUAUUUACUGCAAAGGGCAGUAACGGUCAGGGGCAUUUCACGACGCAUGUGAUAGAUUGCAUUUCUUUUGAUUUCAGCAUCCUCCCUCGCUUGAUACCCUUAGACCGAGAAUAGAGGAACUUAACGACACUGGCAGAACGUGGUGUUGAGAGAUCUACGGUUGCUAGAUCUGGACUAGGACAUCACGGUUUUUUUCAUGUUUCUGCUGUCUACGAGGGUUUCCUCCCCCCGCAGGGCAUUUUCUCGCUUUUCAUGAUAGAGGGUCAUGCUAUCGCCGUGGCAUACAUAGACAAAAGUGGAUUUACUCGGUUCUCUGGUCGGAAUUUACUCGACGGUCUCCCACGGAUUUUGGGACGGAAGAGAGAGCUAUGAGCAUAGACUGGGAAUACAGAUGGCCUAUAGGUUGGUUUCUCUAUUUCAUUCGAGAGCAAGAACUGGGCCUCUCGACGCUAGUUAUGGAUUUUGGUUGGGAGGGCAUGGAUCAAAGGCUCUCGGCUCUUUGACCGUCAUAAGCACAUGGAACGCUUCGACUCGGCCGAAAGGGUGCCGAGUACGCAGCCUUGAAGGAACAGGGUCUCGGGGGUUUUUUGUUCCCGUGAUAGACAGACAACCAGAGUGGACUGAGGAGUCCCAAGUAAAAAAAUAAAAGGUUUUGCGAUGU